AAUGAAACACAUAACUUGGAGUGAAACUUGUAGUUCAUGCAAACCCUCAACUCUCCAAAUCACACAUCUACGUGUCACCCUCUUCCCAUCUCUACUACUCUUUAUAUCCUUCCACUUUCCCCUUCACUUCUCUCUCAACUCCGAACACCGCUCUCCGCCGUACUCCUCCAACAUGGGUGAUCGAUCACCGCCUCGCCAAGUCCAAGUCCACCCCCAACAACGCUCUUACCUCCAGGACCCCACUUGGAAAAUAUCCGGUGGCGGCCGCCAUGUAGACCACCACCAACAUCAAGGCAGCGGCGGCGGCCCCUCCGCUUCGAAAAUCAUUGCCGUCGUCACCCUCGUCCCCGUUGGUGGCACUCUCCUCGGCCUCUCUGGCCUCACUCUAGCCGCCACGCUCUUCGGUCUCGCUGUGUCGACGCCUGUGUUCCUUCUCUUCAGCCCAGUGAUCGUACCGGCUGCGUUAGCAAUAUGCCUUGCCAUCGCUGCAUUCUUGACGUCGGGAGUGUUCGGGCUCACAGCGUUGUCGUCACUAUCGUGGGUGUAUCGGUACAUCAGACGGGCGACCGGGACGGUGCCGGAGCAAAUGGACAUGGCUAAGAGGAAGAUGCAGGACAUGGCAGGGUAUGUGGGACAAAAAACUAAAGAAGUUGGACAAGAAAUUCAAAGUAGAACACAAGAUCAAGGAAGGAGAUCAGGCACAACAGAACAAAGAACUUAAUUAAUUAAAAAAAAAAGUGUUGAUGAUGUAUGUGUUUGUUUCUUUUCUUCUCUGUUUUGUGUGUUCUUUUUUUUUCUUCUCUCUCUAUUUUCUUGUUAAAUAAAAAAAUGGUUUAAUGUUUGGAUGUAAAUUUUCCUUUGGGUUGUUAUGUAUUUAAUAUAUGACAGUUUGUUUUCCUUUGAAUUUUAACAAUUUCU